GAUAACAGUAAUAGCUUAGAUGAAUCAGUUACAGGAAGUUAACUACAGACCUGAAAUCGAUCACACAUAGUGCAUAACAUUAGAUUAGGGAUGCUAUGGGUAGAAGAACAUCUAGUUGUAUAGAGGGAAUCAGUUGAUGAGAUAAUUAAGAAGCUAUCACAAGGAAUGUGACACUUAAUGAAAUGGAAUUUACAACUCUCAAGGACGUCAUGAAAUUUGGACCAUCACCUCGAUUAUCAGCUGUUUUACGGCUCAGUUUAUCACUGAUAUUCUUCAUACCCGUCAGCUCAGGAAAUAAUUUGCUGCUGCCUCCUAAGCUGGACAUCGGCACCACAGAGGUAGUGUUCCAGUCAGAGAAGAACUUCACACUAAAGUGUAUUGGGGAGGCUGAGAUGGAAUGGGUAUACCCAUCACACUCUUUCAAAGAUUUCUCCAUUGAAAACAGAAUAAGCAUCGUCCACAGCACAGAUAGUUCUGGUAAUGUUAGUGAACUGACAGUGGGUCCUGCCAAGUACUACGACACUGGAGAGUAUACCUGCCGCUACAAACUGUCUCCAGACAACAAGGACGAGUCUAAAGUUUAUGUCUAUGUCUCAGAUGAAAUCAACAUUUUGCUCCCCCAUGAACUGCAUCCAGACCCUGUAGCUCUUUUCUUGGUUCAGAACAGGCCCGGGAUCAUCCCGUGUAGGGUAUCUAGCCCCAAUGCUACGGUCAUAUUGAAAGACGGUGACAAAAUUAUUGGUCCCACUGAGGCAGUGACAUAUGAUCCCAGAGAGGGCUUCAAAGUACUUUUUCCAAAUGUGUUCUUUGCUUAUAAACAACUUGUCUGUGAGGCUUCAUAUGCUGGCAAUGGCCCAGAUACCAUGUCAGUUUUGACUUUCUACAGUGAGGCACCCACCAACCCUCCUACCCCAGUAAUCCAAAGCAACCAGACCCGCCACAUGACUGGCAAAGACAUCCAGCUUAGGUGUAUAGUGCUGACAUCUGUUGGCAGUACUGGAAACACCCUAGAAUGGAUCUAUCCUAAUAUGGAUGAGAGAUCCAGUCGGAUAGCACAAGUAUCAGAGCAGCAUACAAUAGAGAAUGGAGCAUUCCAGUACACCAGGCUAAGGAAUAACUUGACAAUCAGUAAAGCCAUACCCACAGAUGCUGGAGUCUACACAUGUCGUGUCACCACAUUGAUUAACCAGCUGACUGCUGACGACACUAUCAGCAUAGAUGUUUUUGACUCCGCUUUUGCAAACCUUCGUCCAGAGAAAUCAGUAGUAGAAGCAGACCUGAAUCAGGAUCUUGUAUCCUUGAAUGUAAUAGUGGAUGCUUACCCUCCACCACAGAUAUAUUGGAAGAAAAAUGGGCAAACGAUUGGUAGACGUUUACCUAAGUAUGAACCAAGGCAGAAUGAAGAUAAGGCCAGCCUUCUGAUCUUUGGUGUAAGGAGAGAGGAUGCUGGAGUCUAUACGGCACAUGCCCCAGUAGGUGGGGAAGAGGAGGCCACCUCUGUCACCCUGCAAGUUAUAGAGACUCCAGAGACAUCCAUCUUGAAGCAGCACACAGAAACCUUCUACAAACCAGGGAAGGAUUACAUUCUGGAGUGUGCAGUACAGGGGUUCCCAGUGCCAGAGAUCGUGUGGUGGUGGGCAGGGUGUAAGAGUUUGGGAUGCCCAGAGACUGCUUAUAUGAUAGCUAACAGCAGCAGAAACUACAGGGGAAUAACCAAAGAAUCACACAGGAGUUUCCUGUCCCUGAAUGCUGUGGAGUCUGGAAAGUUUUCAUGCAGAGCCAGUAACAAAAAAGGAACGAGUGAGAGCACUGAAAUAGUUAUUGUGUCAGAUGCAGAGAAUGGAUUUGAAGUAGUCCGGAGUUCAGAAGUCCACAUAGAGGGAGAUAUGCUUACUGUCAGUUGCCGUGCCGCCAAGUACUGGUAUAGUGACCUAGCAGUGGAGCAGGAGAACGGGCAUCCAUUGUUGAGUGAUGCUAGGAGAAGAGUUAGUAACUCAAGCACCAAGUAUUCCAAUGAAAUCACUGUUACUAUAGAUUCCCUCUCUCUGGAUGAUACUGGUGUCAUAAAGUGUGUGGCCUUAAACAGCUCUCGUAUCAGGCACACCGUGGAUGCAGAUAUCAUUGUACUAGGUCUGAAGGCCCCUGUUUUCACCAAUCCUCUGGCUGGUGUGAACACUGUGGAAGCCAGUGGUGUCUAUAAGCUGGAGUGCAAGGCAAGCGGAUUACCAAUCCCUGUCAUCACUUGGUUCAAAGAUGGAAAAAACUUCAGCUCUGACCUAAAAAGACCCGGAGUGAAGUUUUCUAGUGAAAAUACAAAAAUUACCAUAGAGAGAGUCAGUAGGCAUGAUGCUGGCUUGUAUGAGUGCAGGGCAACCAAUAGAGCUGGAAGUAUCAUCAGUAACCUGACACUCCAAGUGGAGGGCGACCCAAUUCCAGAUGGUAUUAUCAAAAGAGGCGGAUUGUUGUCAGCCCAGCAGACAGGAAUGAUUGUGGGCAUUGUUGCCGCUGUGUUGCUCCUGGUCAUCAUCAUCCUGGUGAUCUGUGUGAUGAGGAGGAAGAAGAAACAGAGGAAGGAGCUACCACUGUUGAUGGACUAUCUCCAAGAUCAACCAAGACACGAUUUUAAUCCUGACAUUCCGAUAGAUGAACAGACAGAGUGCCUGGCAUAUGACCCAAAGUGGGAAUUCCCCAAAGAGAGGCUAAAGUUAGGAAUGGUGAUAGGUCAAGGUGCCUUUGGUCGAGUGGUCAAAGCAGAAGCCAUGGGUAUUAAUGACACUGAGGGCCCCACACCAGUGGCCAUUAAAAUGGUCAAAGAUUGUUAUGACUCCUCCCAGAUCAAAUCUCUGAUAUCAGAACUGAAGGUGAUGAUCCACCUGGGCCACCAUCUUAAUAUACUGAAUGUCCUGGGGGCUGUCACCAAGAAUAUUAGACAAGGAGAAUUUUACGUCAUUAUGGAGUUUUGCACUUUUGGCAACCUGCGCUCAUAUUUGAUACAGAAUAGGUCCCGUUUCGUAGACACCAUGAACCAAUUAACACUGGCCAAUGAGGGCUACUUAGAACCGGUCAGUAUAACUGGCCCAUCAUCUACGGGAUCAGCACAAAACACGCUGACAGGGAUCAAUUCAAGGGACAGUGUAAGAGGAGGAGCUUCAUUGACAGAUCCAGGUGCUGCCUCUGUGACAGCCAUUACAGAGACUACAGGGGGAACUGUGGCAGCAGAAAAUUAUUCAAAUAUGAAAAAAGAAGCUGCAGCAGACGGAGAAGACAGUGCGCAAAGCAUUAAGAAGGAACCUAUUCUAACUUCUAAGGAUUUAGUUUGUUUUGCUUUUCAAAUUGCCAGAGGGAUGGAUUAUUUGCACUCUAAAAAGGCACCAGAACCAAUAAAAUGGCUUGCCUUAGAAUCUUUACUUGACAAAAUCUUCACUCCUAAAAGUGAUGUAUGGUCAUUUGGGGUGCUGUUAUGGGAAAUCUUUACCAUGGGAAGCACUCCGUACCCUGGCCUCGAGUUAAAUGAAACUUUUGUAGAUAAGUUAAAAGCAGGUUACAGAAUGCAGAGGCCGCCUAAAGCAUCUGCUGAAAUUUACGAGUGGAUGUUGGACUGUUGGCAUCCUGAGGCGGAGGAAAGACCGUCUGCUGCUGAGUUAGCUGAAAGAUUUGGAGAUCUGUUACAGCAUGAUACGAAGCAGUAUUACCUGGACCUAAACAACUCCUAUGCAGCAGCCAAUGACCCCUACUUGAAGAUGAAUACCAAUGGCUACCUGAGCAUGCAGGUAGACAGCGACAAUCCCAAGUGUAAAGAACUUGCAGAUGAUGAGGAAAACCAGGUGUCAAUGGGUUCAGACGGUAACCACUAUGUGGACAAUGUACGGUGGAAGAAGCCAACUUCCAAGGCCAAGGACGCAAAAGAUGCCUCAGAGAUGGAGCCACUUACAGCAGCCUCUGAAUCCCCUCCUAGGGAUAGCCAAUUAAAGGACUUGAAGGAAGAUCUUAUGUAUGAGAACAGUGGUAAGGGUUCAGCGGCAGUGGACGUACAUCAACAACAGAGCCCUGAUGUAGAAGAACAUCCACUUAUCUCACGGAAAUCUAAAACCAAACCUGCACCUCCUCCCAAACCACCAGGCCUGUCUCCCAAAUCCUCCCCUAGAACCUCACCAGAAAAAGAAGUUCACAAACCACAACCAAGGCCAAGGUCUUCAUCACCAUGGUUACCAAGGUCUGGCAGCAGUAGUCCUAGUGGUAGUAGUAGAAAUAUAUCGUCUCCCACUGGAGAUAGGUCCCCAUUGGUAUCUAGGCAACCAGAGAGAGAGAUAUCUCCUCCACCCAAAGAUUAUGUCAGUAUAUUCAAGAACAGGGAGAAGGGGUCAGGAGGGUCAAAUGCCUCCAGUGGCUUCCAUGAGGACAUUGAUUCUGAUAUUCCCCUGGAGAGGGCGCCGCGACCACCAUCACAAGAACCAGAAUUUUCAAAUGGCUUGAAUGAAUCAGUGGCAUAGUUGGUCUUUGCAUUCAGAGUUUCAAUUUUGUACUGCCUAUGACAGUAACUGGAAUCUGUUCCCAUUAAUUGAAAGGUCACUAUGAAUAAAUGAAUUUGGUAGUUAAUUAGAAAUAUUUUGUCAUAACAGAUGGCAAUUUCAGGCAUAUUCCCCAAAUCCAAUUGAAAGUGUAGACCUUCUCCAUUUUACAUUUAUUUCUCCUGUUCAAACAAAUAGAGGCCAAAACAGUGUUUAUAAAACAUUUAUCAAAAAGUUUUCUUGUAUGUGGGUACUGCUUAAGUUUGGUGCUUACAUGUCAUCUUUGUAUUGUGUCCUUGUAAAUGUUUGAUAUUCAAUGUGUUCUGUUUGUAUUUACAUCAAACCCUCAUACAGGGUUUAGUACAUAAACUGGUAUUUCUUCUAGAUUCUGAUAAGGUACAGGUAAUAUGCAGAUAAAAUAUGUGAGAGUUCGACGUACUGCCAUGCUUCAUCUGCUAUGUUUAUCAUUUCAUCAUAUAAAUAAUCAUGUUAUUUACAUUAUUUUCUACAUUCAUAUUGUACAUGUAAUUAUAGGAAUUAAAAGUGGCUUUGGUCAUCUUCGACAGACAAAGGUGUCUGUGUCUUGUAAACAGAUAUUUAUGUAACAUUAUUGUGUCUUACUGAGCUGUUGAGGUUUAAAGACCAUAUAAUGGGGUUGUAAAAGGUAACCAGGGCUUAAUCUCUCAAUGCAUUUAGACACUUUCUUUCAAAUUAUGGUCAACUCCUUCUUAAAUUUAAUGAAUUUGAGGUACAAACAACCAUUAAGGUCAGCACAACUUGUGUAUAGAAAUAUGUUCAGAGUUUCUUUUGCUCAAAAUAGCUCACUUUCUAUUCAGUUUCAUUAAGACAGGUUUGAUUAAUUAUGUGUGCAUUGUGAGUUUGAUGUCUGUUAGAAAUCCACUUGCUGUGUAUGCUAGGCUAUGCAUUUUUGUUAUAGUGGAGGGUGUUGCACUUUCACUUCAAUUUACAGAAAUGUUGAAGCUACUUAUACCUCUUCAUUUUGUGAUGGGAUAUUUUUCUUACAAAUAAGCUUGUUUAAAGUAGUGGAUAACGUUUAUUUUGAACAAAAUUGUUUUUCAGUUCCUAAAAGUAUACUUUGGCUUUUUACCGACAUCGUAUUGAACUUUUUCGAUCAAGGAGACAUAAAGAGUCAUUACAGUAUAUUAUUGUGUUGUUGCUCAUGGCCAGUUUGUUUGUUUAUUAUAACAUGAAUUACCCAAAAAUAAAAUAAAAGCUGAAUUAUAAUAGAAAAAAAAAACACUGUAACAUAUCGACUUGUGAAGUGAGAUAGUUUGAUUUUACUUGUUGAUUUUCUGAUUUGGACUUUGUGUUUUUACAAGGUGGCAAACGAUCUUUUCACAUGGAUUGGAUGAAAAAAUAUUGUAAUGAUUUGUUGCUACAGAAAAUACUUGUUAGGUGCAGCAUAUUUUAAAAAUUAGCUAUGGUGCAUUUUUUUUUUCAGAUAUGAAAUUUUGAUAAGAAGGUUAAGUACCCUACUUUUACUUUUGUAUAAGAAAAAUAUGGGGUAUUACUCAAUCUAUUACACACAAGGCUGUAAAUGUAGAUUUUGAACUGUUACCUGUAAUUGUGCUUUGUCACAAGUUAUUUUUAUAUGUAAAAUGUGUAAUGUACAUUGACAUUUAUUUACAUGUAGAUGUUUUACUAAAUAUGUUGCUUUUAUGAGAUGUAGGUUUGUUUUAUACACUUGUGUCAUGUCAUUAAAAGAAAAAUAAACAUUUUAUUGAAAA